AUGCCGGGAGACGACAAAGACAAGGCGACGGUGGCUGUCUUUGUGGAACAGAAAGAGGAAGAGGUUUCCGAUGGAGACGGCUCCUCUGCACGCGUUUUCUUCCCCUCCCAGGUGGACAGCCAGCUCAGCGAGCGGCUGCCUAGCUACAUGGUACCCGGAGUCUACUUUUCAGUCGCGCAGCUUCCCAUGACAACGUCGGGCAAGACGGACCGCAAGCGGCUGCGCGAGAUUGGGGCUACAUUCUCAGCCCAGCAGCUGGCGGAGCUGCGCACGCGCAGCCAGGGACCAAAGCGGCAGCCGUCGACAGACAAGGAGAAGGCAAUGCAGCAGCUGUGGGCGCAGGUGCUCAACAUCGACGCAGACAGCAUCGGGCUGGACGACAGCUUCUUCCGCCUGGGCGGCGACUCGAUCGCAGCCAUGAAGCUGGUGGCCGAGGCACGCAAGCAGAAUGUUCACCUUACCGUCGCAGCCACUUUCCAGCAUCCCAGGCUCGUCGAUUUGGCCGCUUGGGCUGGCGGAGUAGAUCCAGCUGUGGCGCAGAGCAUUGUGCCCUUCUCCCUUCUGAACAUCAACUCCGACGUCGACACAGCACGUAUCCAGGAGGAAGUCGCUGCUGGCUGCAACAUAGACAAGGACCUGGUGGAAGACAUCUACCCGUGCUCGCCGCUUCAGGAGGGCCUGAUGUCGCUCACGUCAAAGCGGGCGGGUGACUAUAUUAUGCAGAGUGUACUAGAGCUGUCAGUCAGCAUGGAUGAAAGCGCUCUACGGGCGGCGUGGGAGCAGGUUGUGAAGCAAUCGAUGAUGCUACGCACGCGCAUCGUGCAGCACAGCAGGUUGGGCCUUCUGCAGGUGGUGGUAGCAGGCGAUAUACAGUGGAUGGAAGCAGACCAUCUGGGAACGUACCUGGCAGAGGACAAAGCGGCGUCUAUGCAGCCGGGCGACUGUCUGGCACGCUACGCUUUUGUCAAGGAGAGAGACGGUGGAAGGCGCUGGUUUGUGUGGACAAUGCACCACGCUCUCUACGACGGCUGGUCUCUGCCUCGCAUCCUGGGCGCUGUAGAGAAAGCAUACAAUGGUGGUGUUCUUGAAGAGCGGCCAGGCUUUAACGCUUUCGUCCAGUACCUUAGUCAGCAAGAUCAGGAGGCCACUACCAACUACUGGCAGACUACACUCGCCGGCUGCGAGGCGACAAUGUUCCCGCCACUUCCCCCAUCAAUACAUCAGCCAGUGGCAAAUGCAAUGUUAGAGCACCAAUGCCCGCCGCUCCCCAGGACAAUGGCAUCCGAUACCACUACAUCAACGCUGAUCCGCGCGGCGUGGGCUAUUGUUGCGGGUAACUACACCAGCUCAGACGACGUCGUCUUUGGCGCCACGGUGACGGGCCGCAACGCGCCGGUGGCAGGCAUUGAGGAUAUAGUGGGCCCGGCAAUUGCGACGGUGCCUGUGCGGGUGCGUUUACCAAGAGACUGGACCGUACCAGCCCUCCUUGCUGCUGUGCAACAACAGGCAACCGAGAUGAUCCCAUACGAGCAGACAGGAUUGCAGCGGAUCGCCAAGAUGGGAGCGGAUGCGCAGCACGCCUGUGGCUUCCAGACGCUGCUGAUAGUGCAGCCAGCUGAUGACGGUCUAGAGAGCGACAAGUCACUAGGAAGAUGGCAGACCAAGUCAGAGCUGCAGGACUUCACGACUUACGCACUGAUGGUGCAGUGCACGCUAGCUACGGAGCGAGUGCAGAUCACGGCCAGCUUUGAUCCACAGAUCAUCGAGCAGUGGCAAGUGCAGAGGAUGCUGGGCCAGCUUGGCUUCGUCGCGCAGCAGCUGGCGGAAGCCGGUGGCAAGACGACAGUUGCUGAGAUUGAUACGCUCACUCCCGAGGACAGACAACAGCUGUGGAAGUGGAAUGGAGAGGUUCCUCCGGUGGUGGAGCGGUGCGUGCACGAGCUGUUUGUGGAGCAGGCGCGGGCACGACCUGACGCGGCGGCCAUCUGCGCGUGGGACGGCGAGAUGAAGUACGGCGAGCUGGACGAGCUGUCGUCCAGGCUGGCCGGCUACCUAGUGGGUUUGGGCGUCGGGCCCGAAGCCAUUGUUCCUCUGUGCUUCGAGAAGUCGAUGUGGACGGUGGUGGCCAUGCUGGCAGUGCUCAAGGCUGGCGGCGCCUUCGCUCCCCUGGACCCAGAACACCCAGCAAGUCGGCACGAGGAGAUCUUCCGGCAGACUGGCGCCAGAGUGGUGCUUGCUUCGGCACAGCACUCGACGCUCUGCAGCGGCGGCAACCGCACCGUCGUGGUGGUCAGCGAGGCUGCCAUGCGUGAGCUGCCCAGCGAGGCCAGCGAGGCCAGCACAACCGACAAAAGGACGACAACUCGCACAAAGGCACAGCCAGACAACCCUGCCUAUGUGCUGUUCACGUCUGGGAGCACGGGAAAGCCCAAGGGCGUGGUGAUUGAGCACAGGGCAAUAUUGACCAGCUGCUUGGGUCACGGAAAAGCCUUUAACCUUACAAGCGACUCGCGCUUUCUCCAAUUCUCUUCUUACACGUUCGACGUUAGCAUUAUCGAGAUAUGGACUAUGCUUCUAGUGGGUGGCUGUACUUGCGUCCCAUCAGAAAGCGACAAGAAAGAUGAUCUUUCGAAAGCAAUAAAUGCUCUGGACGCGAAUUGGGCAUUCCUCACGCCUACUGUUGCGAAGCUUCUCGAUCCAGAGCGCAUCCCGGGAUUACAAAAUCUUAUCCUCGGAGCAGAACUUGUAACAGAUCACGACUGGAACAGAUGGAGCCCUUAUGCCCGUCAGAUAACUGCAUAUGGUCCUACUGAGUGUUGCGUUCUUUGCACUUUCUACUCCGGUACUCUUGGCUUUUACACAGGCUUGCUCGGCAAGUCUGUUGCGUCGGUCAGCUGGGUGGUGGACCCCAACGACCACAACAAGCUGGCUCCCCUGGGCGCCGUGGGUGAGCUGCUCGUUGAGGGACCGAUCCUGGCGCGCGGCUACCUGAACGACGCAGAGAAGACGGCGGCCGCGUUCAUCGACGACCCGGCCUGGCUGCUGGAGGGAUGCGACCAGCACGCGGGCCGGCGCGGCCGGCUGUACAAGACCGGCGACCUGGUGCACUACGAUGCAGACGGCAAUCUAGUGUACGUCAACCGCAAAGAUGCGCAGGUCAAGGUACGCGGGCAGCGGGUGGAGCUUGGGGAGAUUGAGCACCACGUGCGCGAGUGCAUGCCGGAAGUAGGACGUAUGGCAGUAGAAGUGAUCAUGCCGGGAGACGACAAAGACAAGGCGACGGUGGCUGUCUUUGUGGAACAGAAAGAGGAAGAGGUUUCCGAUGGAGACGGCUCCUCUGCACGCGUUUUCUUCCCCUCCCAGGUGGACAGCCAGCUCAGCGAGCGGCUGCCUAGCUACAUGGUACCCGGAGUCUACUUUUCAGUCGCGCAGCUUCCCAUGACAACGUCGGGCAAGACAGACCGCAAGCGGCUGCGCGAGAUUGGGGCUACAUUCUCAGCCCAGCAGCUGGCGGAGCUGCGCACGCGCAGCCAGGGACCAAAGCGGCAGCCGUCGACAGACAAGGAGAAGGCAAUGCAGCAGCUGUGGGCGCAGGUGCUCAACAUCGACGCAGACAGCAUCGGGCUGGACGACAGCUUCUUCCGCCUGGGCGGCGACUCGAUCGCAGCCAUGAAGCUGGUGGCCGAGGCACGCAAGCAGAAUGUUCCCCUUACCGUCGCAGCCACUUUCCAGCAUCCCAGGCUCGUCGAUUUGGCCGCUUGGGCUGGCGGAGUAGAUCCAGCUGUGGCGCAGAGCAUUGUGCCCUUCUCCCUUCUGAACAUCAACUCCGACGUCGACACAGCACGUAUCCAGGAGGAAGUCGCUGCUGGCUGCAACAUAGACAAGGACCUGGUGGAAGACAUCUACCCGUGCUCGCCGCUUCAGGAGGGCCUGAUGUCGCUCACGUCAAAGCGGGCGGGUGACUAUAUUAUGCAGAGUGUACUAGAGCUGUCAGUCAGCAUGGAUGAAAGCGCUCUACGGGCGGCGUGGGAGCAGGUUGUGAAGCAAUCGAUGAUGCUACGCACGCGCAUCGUGCAGCACAGCAGGUUGGGCCUUCUGCAGGUGGUGGUAGCAGGCGAUAUACAGUGGAUGGAAGCAGACCAUCUGGGAACGUACCUGGCAGAGGACAAAGCGGCGUCUAUGCAGCCGGGCGACUGUCUGGCACGCUACGCUUUUGUCAAGGAGAGAGACGGUGGAAGGCGCUGGUUUGUGUGGACAAUGCACCACGCUCUCUACGACGGCUGGUCUCUGCCUCGCAUCCUGGGCGCUGUAGAGAAAGCAUACAAUGGUGGUGUUCUUGAAGAGCGGCCAGGCUUUAACGCUUUCGUCCAGUACCUUAGUCAGCAAGAUCAGGAGGCCACUACCAACUACUGGCAGACUACACUCGCCGGCUGCGAGGCGACAAUGUUCCCGCCACUUCCCCCAUCAAUACAUCAGCCAGUGGCAAAUGCAAUGUUAGAGCACCAAUGCCCGCCGCUCCCCAGGACAAUGGCAUCCGAUACCACUACAUCAACGCUGAUCCGCGCGGCGUGGGCUAUUGUUGCGGGUAACUACACCAGCUCAGACGACGUCGUCUUUGGCGCCACGGUGACGGGCCGCAACGCGCCGGUGGCAGGCAUUGAGGAUAUAGUGGGCCCGGCAAUUGCGACGGUGCCUGUGCGGGUGCGUUUACCAAGAGACUGGACCGUACCAGCCCUCCUUGCUGCUGUGCAACAACAGGCAACCGAGAUGAUCCCAUACGAGCAGACAGGAUUGCAGCGGAUCGCCAAGAUGGGAGCGGAUGCGCAGCACGCCUGUGGCUUCCAGACGCUGCUGAUAGUGCAGCCAGCUGAUGACGGUCUAGAGAGCGACAAGUCACUAGGAAGAUGGCAGACCAAGUCAGAGCUGCAGGACUUCACGACUUACGCACUGAUGGUGCAGUGCACGCUAGCUACGGAGCGAGUGCAGAUCACGGCCAGCUUUGAUCCACAGGUCAUCGAGCAGUGGCAAGUGCAGAGGAUGCUGGGCCAGCUUGGCUUCGUCGCGCAGCAGCUGGCGGAAGCCGGUGGCAAGACGACAGUUGCUGAGAUUGAUACGCUCACUCCCGAGGACAGACAACAGCUGUGGAAGUGGAAUGGAGAGGUUCCUCCGGUGGUGGAGCGGUGCGUGCACGAGCUGUUUGUGGAGCAGGCGCGGGCACGACCUGACGCGGCGGCCAUCUGCGCGUGGGACGGCGAGAUGAAGUACGGCGAGCUGGACGAGCUGUCGUCCAGGCUGGCCGGCUACCUAGUGGGUUUGGGCGUCGGGCCCGAAGCCAUUGUUCCUCUGUGCUUCGAGAAGUCGAUGUGGACGGUGGUGGCCAUGCUGGCAGUGCUCAAGGCUGGCGGCGCCUUCGCUCCCCUGGACCCAGAACACCCAGCAAGUCGGCACGAGGAGAUCUUCCGGCAGACUGGCGCCAGAGUGGUGCUUGCUUCGGCACAGCACUCGACGCUCUGCAGCGGCGGCAACCGCACCGUCGUGGUGGUCAGCAAGGCCUCUUUCGAUAGACUGUCAAGCGCAAGCGACAAGGCCAACGUGAUAUCGAAGCCAAGUAGUAUUGCGUACGUCAUGUUCACUUCAGGCAGCACAGGAACACCCAAAGGAGUCGUCCUAGAACACAGAGCAAUUUCAACAAGCUGUCUCACCCAUGGAGAGGCGUUUGGCUUCUCGCCUAGCACUCGAAGCCUUCAGUUUGCUGCCUACACCUUUGACGCGUGCAUCACGGAGAUCAUCACGGCCCUUUUGUUUGGCGCAUGCAUUUGCGUUCCCUCCGAGCUGGACAGACGCAACGACUUGUCGAACAUUUCAAACACCUUGAAAGUAAGUUGGGCAUUGCUUACGCCAACGGUUGCACGAACACUUGACCCCAAAACAAUUCCAUCGCUCAGAACCUUGGUACUUGGGGGUGAGCAGGUGAGCCGCGUUGACUGGGAAAGGUGGAGUCAUCUUGAAAAGCAGAUCAAUACGUAUGGUCCUACAGAAUGCAGCGUUUGGUGCACAUCACACUCUAAUGUUGCUGGUUUCACGUCAGGAACGAUUGGAAAGUUGAUUGCUUCUGUGGGCUGGGUGGUGGACCCCAACGACCACAACAAGCUGGCUCCCCUGGGCGCCGUGGGUGAGCUGCUCGUUGAGGGACCGAUCCUGGCGCGCGGCUACCUGAACGACGCAGAGAAGACGGCGGCCGCGUUCAUCGACGACCCGGCCUGGCUGCUGGAGGGAUGCGACCAGCACGCGGGCCGGCGCGGCCGGCUGUACAAGACCGGCGACCUCGUCUACUACAAUGCAGACGGCAAUCUAGUGUACGUCAACCGCAAAGAUGCGCAGGUCAAGGUACGCGGGCAGCGGGUGGAGCUUGGGGAGAUUGAGCACCACGUGCGCGAGUGCAUGCCGGAAGUAGGACGUAUGGCAGUAGAAGUGAUCAUGCCGGGAGACGACAAAGACAAGGCGACGGUGGCUGUCUUUGUGGAACAGAAAGAGGAAGAGGUUUCCGAUGGAGACGGCUCCUCUGCACGCGUUUUCUUCCCCUCCCAGGUGGACAGCCAGCUCAGCGAGCGGCUGCCUAGCUACAUGGUACCCGGAGUCUACUUUUCAGUCGCGCAGCUUCCCAUGACAACGUCGGGUAAGACAGACCGCAAGCGGCUGCGCGAGAUUGGGGCUACAUUCUCAGCCCAGCAGCUGGCGGAGCUGCGCACGCGCAGCCAGGGACCAAAGCGGCAGCCGUCGACAGACAAGGAGAAGGCAAUGCAGCAGCUGUGGGCGCAGGUGCUCAACAUCGACGCAGACAGCAUCGGGCUGGACGACAGCUUCUUCCGCCUGGGCGGCGACUCGAUCACAGCCAUGCAGGUCUCUUCGACCGCGCGGUCGCUCCAAAUCUCAGUCACUACAGCCGAUAUCCUCGAACAGAAAACCAUUUCCCGUUUGGCUCACCGCAUGUCGCGGAAUCACUUCUCUUCCAAUCUUGUGAUGGAAGACCCAGUGAACAGGCACUUUAGUCUGACGCCGAUUCAGGAGCUAUAUCUCCGGCUCGAGAGCACUGGCAGCGCUUGCUUUGACCAGAGCUUUUUCCUAGAGCUCAGCAGCUUGACAAACCUCGAAUCGCUGCGCGCAGCGUUCAAAACCCUUGUUCGACGGCAUUCCAUGCUCCGAGCUUUGUUCAGCCAGACGGCUGGAGCUCAUUCUUUUGCUAUUGCCUUCUCCGACCGAGCUCCGCCCACCAUCUUUAACGAGAGCCACGGCCGCGAGCCUUGGGAUGCCGGCAUUGAUCUCUCUCGCACUGUGGGAUGGUUCACGAGCAUGCUCCCCAUUCAGGUGCCGAGUCACACCAGAGGCGACCUGCUUGAGGUCAUCCGGCACACCAAAGAUGGCAUGCGCAAGUUCCCUGACAACGGCCGAUCCUAUUUUGCCUCGCGGUUUGCCGAUGCUGACACUUCGGAUGUGUUCGCGUCCAUGUUCCCUGUGGAAGUAAUAUUCAAUUAUCAAGGCGUGUACCAGCAGCUCGAGCGCACAGACUCGCUGUUCAAAACCCUGCCAGCUCCGGACGGAUGUGAGCCAGCAUCGAUGUUAGAGGCCCCGAGGUUCGCUUUGUUCGACGUAUCUGCGGUUGUCGAAAAGGGGCGCAUGCACGUGACUGUUACAAGCGACAGCAAAGCGAAGCGCCAGCAGCAAGUAGCCAACUGGAUCGAGCGCUACGAGAUGGCCCUGGUUGAGAUGGCGACUCUCCUGCAGAAGAAGCAUAAGCAAUGGACGCUGAGCGACCUGCCACUCGCGUUCAAAACCUACGAAGAUCUGGACAGCUUCCAGAACGAUACACUUGCAGAGCUUGGCGUCCAACCUGAAGAGGUCGAGGACGUCUUUCCGUGUCUGCCCAUGCAGGAGGGGAUCCUCAUCAGCCAGAGCAGAGAUCCAGAUGCAUAUCGGGUAUCGUCUAUCUUUGAAGUCAUACCGACGCAGCAAAACCAGGUCAAUUGCACUCGGCUGCAGCAAGCUUGGGAGGCUGUGGAGGAGACGCAUGCUUACUGGGCAAGGUACCUUGAUGGCGUCGAGCCAUGCUUUUUCUCUUCGAUGGCAGAGCCUCAAGAUAGCGACUAUACAAACAGCCUGCCGCAUCAGAACAUCUCUCUCGCGAGCGUGCACAGCAUGCUUGGGCUGGGGGCGAACGCUUUGUUCAACACAAUCCUAUCGCUUCAACGGAUCGAUGACACAAUGGCUGUUAACGAUUCUGAGAUUGAUUUCCGCGGUCAGAGCGGAUCGGAUCCGACUGAGUAUGCUAUUAACAUAGGGGUUGGAUACAAUCGCUCUGUGAUGGAGAUCGAAAUCCAUUAUCAGACCCGCUGCAUUGACGAUGCCCAAGCCGCCAAUCUUGCAGAGAGCUUGAGCCAAGCGAUCUAUGGCAUCAUCACAAAAACGACAUCCACGAUAGGCGACCUGCAGAUCCUCUCAAAGAGACAGCAGCAACAGCUGUGGAAGUGGAAUGGAGAGGUUCCUCCGGUGGUGGAGCGGUGCGUGCACGAGCUGUUUGUGGAGCAGGCGCGGGCACGACCUGACGCGGCGGCCAUCUGCGCGUGGGACGGCGAGAUGAAGUACGGCGAGCUGGACGAGCUGUCGUCCAGGCUGGCCGGCUACCUAGUGGGUUUGGGCGUCGGGCCCGAAGCCAUUGUUCCUCUGUGCUUCGAGAAGUCGAUGUGGACGGUGGUGGCCAUGCUGGCAGUGCUCAAGGCUGGCGGCGCCUUCGCUCCCCUGGACCCAGAACACCCAGCAAGUCGGCACGAGGAGAUCUUCCGGCAGACUGGCGCCAGAGUGGUGCUUGCUUCGGCACAGCACUCGACGCUCUGCAGCGGCGGCAACCGCACCGUCGUGGUGGUCAGCGAGGCUGCCAUGCGUGAGCUGCCCAGCGAGGCCAGCGAGGCCAGCACAACCGACAAAAGGACGACAACUCGCACAAAGGCACAGCCAGACAACCCUGCCUAUGUGCUGUUCACGUCUGGGAGCACGGGAAAGCCCAAGGGCGUGGUGAUUGAGCACAGGGCAAUAUUGACCAGCUGCUUGGGUCACGGAAAAGCCUUUAACCUUACAAGCGACUCGCGCUUUCUCCAAUUCUCUUCUUACACGUUCGACGUUAGCAUUAUCGAGAUAUGGACUACGCUUCUAGUGGGUGGCUGUACUUGCGUCCCAUCAGAAAGCGACAAGAAAGAUGAUCUUUCGAAAGCAAUAAAUGCUCUGGACGCGAAUUGGGCAUACCUCACGUCCACUGUUGCGAAGCUUCUCGAUCCAGAGCGCAUCCCGGGAUUACAAAAUCUUAUCCUCGGAGCAGAACUUGUAACAGAUCACGACUGGAACAGAUGGAGCCCAUAUGCCCUUCAGAUAACUGCAUAUGGUCCUACUGAGUGUUGCGUUCUUUGCAUUUUCUACUCCGGUACUCUUGGCUUUUACACAGGCUUGCUCGGCAAGUCUGUUGCGUCGGUCAGCUGGGUGGUGGACCCCAACGACCACCACAAGCUGGCUCCCCUGGGCGCGGUGGGUGAGCUGCUCGUUGAGGGACCGAUCCUGGCGCGCGGCUACCUGAACGACGCAGAGAAGACGGCGGCCGCGUUCAUCGACGACCCGGCCUGGCUGCUGGAGGGAUGCGACCAGCACGCGGGCCGGCGCGGCCGGCUGUACAAGACCGGCGACCUCGUCUACUACAAUGCAGACGGCAAUCUAGUGUACGUCAACCGCAAAGAUGCGCAGGUCAAGGUACGCGGGCAGCGGGUGGAGCUUGGGGAGAUUGAGCACCACGUGCGCGAGUGCAUGCCGGAAGUAGGACGUAUGGCAGUAGAAGUGAUCAUGCCGGGAGACGACAAAGACAAGGCGACGGUGGCUGUCUUUGUGGAACAGAAAGAGGAAGAGGUUUCCGAUGGAGACGGCUCCUCUGCACGCGUUUUCUUCCCCUCCCAGGUGGACAGCCAGCUCAGCGAGCGGCUGCCUAGCUACAUGGUACCCGGAGUCUACUUUUCAGUCGCGCAGCUUCCCAUGACAACGUCGGGUAAGACAGACCGCAAGCGGCUGCGCGAGAUUGGGGCUACAUUCUCAGCCCAGCAGCUGGCGGAGCUGCGCACGCGCAGCCAGGGACCAAAGCGGCAGCCGUCGACAGACAAGGAGAAGGCAAUGCAGCAGCUGUGGGCGCAGGUGCUCAACAUCGACGCAGACAGCAUCGGGCUGGACGACAGCUUCUUCCGCCUGGGCGGCGACUCGAUCACAGCCAUGCAGGUCUCUUCGACCGCGCGGUCGCUCCAAAUCUCAGUCACUACAGCCGAUAUCCUCGAACAGAAAACCAUUUCCCGUUUGGCUCACCGCAUGUCGCGGAAUCACUUCUCUUCCAAUCUUGUGAUGGAAGACCCAGUGAACAGGCACUUUAGUCUGACGCCGAUUCAGGAGCUAUAUCUCCGGCUCGAGAGCACUGGCAGCGCUUGCUUUGACCAGAGCUUUUUCCUAGAGCUCAGCAGCUUGACAAACCUCGAAUCGCUGCGCGCAGCGUUCAAAACCCUUGUUCGACGGCAUUCCAUGCUCCGAGCUUUGUUCAGCCAGACGGCUGGAGCUCAUUCUUUUGCUAUUGCCUUCUCCGACCGAGCUCCGCCCACCAUCUUUAACGAGAGCCACGGCCGCGAGCCUUGGGAUGCCGGCAUUGAUCUCUCUCGCACUGUGGGAUGGUUCACGAGCAUGCUCCCCAUUCAGGUGCCGAGUCACACCAGAGGCGACCUGCUUGAGGUCAUCCGGCACACCAAAGAUGGCAUGCGCAAGUUCCCUGACAACGGCCGAUCCUAUUUUGCCUCGCGGUUUGCCGAUGCUGACACUUCGGAUGUGUUCGCGUCCAUGUUCCCUGUGGAAGUAAUAUUCAAUUAUCAAGGCGUGUACCAGCAGCUCGAGCGCACAGACUCGCUGUUCAAAACCCUGCCAGCUCCGGACGGAUGUGAGCCAGCAUCGAUGUUAGAGGCCCCGAGGUUCGCUUUGUUCGACGUAUCUGCGGUUGUCGAAAAGGGGCGCAUGCACGUGACUGUUACAAGCGACAGCAAAGCGAAGCGCCAGCAGCAAGUAGCCAACUGGAUCGAGCGCUACGAGAUGGCCCUGGUUGAGAUGGCGACUCUCCUGCAGAAGAAGCAUAAGCAAUGGACGCUGAGCGACCUGCCACUCGCGUUCAAAACCUACGAAGAUCUGGACAGCUUCCAGAACGAUACACUUGCAGAGCUUGGCGUCCAACCUGAAGAGGUCGAGGACGUCUUUCCGUGUCUGCCCAUGCAGGAGGGGAUCCUCAUCAGCCAGAGCAGAGAUCCAGAUGCAUAUCGGGUAUCGUCUAUCUUUGAAGUCAUACCGACGCAGCAAAACCAGGUCAAUUGCACUCGGCUGCAGCAAGCUUGGGAGGCUGUGGAGGAGACGCAUGCUUACUGGGCAAGGUACCUUGAUGGCGUCGAGCCAUGCUUUUUCUCUUCGAUGGCAGAGCCUCAAGAUAGCGACUAUACAAACAGCCUGCCGCAUCAGAACAUCUCUCUCGCGAGCGUGCACAGCAUGCUUGGGCUGGGGGCGAACGCUUUGUUCAACACAAUCCUAUCGCUUCAACGGAUCGAUGACACAAUGGCUGUUAACGAUUCUGAGAUUGAUUUCCGCGGUCAGAGCGGAUCGGAUCCGACUGAGUAUGCUAUUAGCAUAGGGGCUGGAUACAAUCGCUCUGUGAUGGAGAUCGAAAUCCAUUAUCAGACCCGCUGCAUUGACGAUGCCCAAGCCGCCAAUCUUGCAGAGAGCUUGAGCCAAGCGAUCUAUGGCAUCAUCACAAAAACGACAUCCACGAUAGGCGACCUACAGAUCCUCUCAAAGAGACAGCAGCAACAGCUGUGGAAGUGGAAUGGAGAGGUUCCUCCUCUCCAAGCAAGCUACAUUCAUGAGCUUGUAUCAAAGCAAGCAAAGGAUUGGCCAGAGUUAUGCGCUAUCUGCGGAUGGGACGGUCAACUUACGUACAGGGAGCUCGACCAGCUAUCCACGCAACUUUCUGUUCAUCUGAGAGGAGCUGGGCCUAGAGACCCAAAACAGCGAUACGGUCUUGACGGGAGGAUCGGUCCGCUCAAGCGCCUAUGUUAUGUUCACGUCAGGCAGUACCGGUGA